CGACAAUUCACGACCACUUUCUAUCCAAACAAGCGCAUCGAGGCUACAUUCGCAAGAGCAACUCGCGAUUGCUGACUGAUUCCGCUGACUGACACGAAUGGUUGCUUAGAUUGCUUGUUUGCCGCCGUGGAUAGUAACCCUACAUGUCUUCAAUCCUUCCUGCAGGUACACCAAAAGAGAAUGCCGAGAGAUAUCGUCAAUAUAACAUAUAUCAUUACACACCGUCACGCCACCGAAUUCCUUCUCGAUGCCUGUAAUUAGCCGUGAUCCUGGGUCGCGUCUCCUCGUCACAACCCUACAUGAUAUAGCACAAUACGACCCAUCACGUGCGUGGGCAUCUGUGCCCAUAGAUGACAACGAUCUUGCAAAAGGCUUUCGCGAUGUCACGUACAAGUCGCUGCUGAAUGCUGUCAGUCACGCGACACACUGGCUUCAGGCUCAUAUUCAACUCGAAGAUGUCUUCGAGACGCUCGCGUACGCCGGGCCGAAAGAUUUGCGGUAUCCAAUUCUGGCAUUGGCAGUCGCGCAUAUUCGAGCAAAGCUGUUGCUCCCUUCGCCAUUCGUUGCUAAGAGCGCCCUUUCCCAUCUUGUUCGAUCGUCGCACUGCAAGAUCUUCUUGCACGAUGCAACAUUCCAUAGCCUCGUCAGCGAAGCUGUUGAACUUUCUGGAAAUGGUGCGGUGAUCCUCCAAGUUCCUCAGCUGGAAUCGUGGCUCCAGGAUGAGCCAGCUACACCAGUUUUCUGGGACAGAUCUUGGGAUCAAGCAAAGAAUGACCCCUGGAUGAUCUUCCAUACAUCUGGCACAACAGGAGUGCCACGGUUGGUGACCUACACGCACGAGAUGAUGACCUCACUUGAUGCCGCCGAGCUCAUGGACGACGCGAAAGGCGCAGCAGUGUCGAAUCAACAUUACCGAGAUAGACGGUGGUACACGCCGCUGCCAGCAUUACAUUUUGUGGGCAUGACCAUAGCACUCCAAUUCACCUUCUUCAUGAAUGGUGUUCUUGUCGUCGGACCAACGACCCCUGGACCAGCCUCUCCAGAGCUUGUGAGCGAAAUCUUGCGGCACGGGCACGUCCAAUGCGCAAUGAUGCCGCCUUCACUCAUCACCGAUAUAGCUGCAACGCCCACUGGUCUGAAAGCUCUCGGAAGCCUCGAUUUCCUGUACUUUGCCGGCGCGCCCAUGAAUGUGGAGACUGGUCGAAAGCUCCAGAACCACGUGAAAGUCAAGCCAGCCAUGGGCUCUACCGAAGCCGGCGCUUACUUCCUCGGCGUGGACGAUGACGAAGAUUGGGAAUGGUUCAGUUUUCGCCCGGGCAUGGGCAUGGAGUUCCGUCCCGUUUCCGGGAACCUGUACGAGGCCGUCUUUGUGCAAAGGCCAGAGCUACAGCGCUGGCAACAGGUCUUCAAGCUGUACCCCGAACUCCAGGAGUUUCCCACAAAGGACCUGUUCAUUUCGCAUCCAGACAGACCGGGUAGAUGGAAAUGUGCCGGACGGACAGAUGAUCUGAUCGUGUUUGCACAUGGCAAAAGCCUCGUUGCGUCAGACCUGGAAGCACAAAUCGCAAGCCAUCCGAAUGUGGCAGGAGUGCUGGUAGGAGGCAGCAAUCGGAUGAGGCCGUUCCUACUCGUGCAGUGGAGAGGGGAGGAUGGCACUGACGAGAUGGAGCGGAUACGCCUCCUUUGGCCGACUAUCCAGAAGACUAAUGACACGUGCUCGGAACUCGUGCGACUCACACGAGGACUGGUUUUGUUCACGAAACCGGGCAGAGACCUGAUACGGACGACGAAAGGGGAAAUAUCAAGGAAACUCAACGAAAAGGCAUAUGAAGCUGAGCUGUCCAAGCGGUAUGCUCUGGAAAUCUAA